AUGGUCGAAUUAAAGAACUCUACUGCAACUAUCAAGCUCAACACCGGCGCUGAACUACCAGUUGUUGGUUUGGGUACCUGGCAAUCAACUGACGAGGACUGCUACAAAGCUGUUCUCGCUGCCUUGAAGAACGGUUACAAGCACAUUGACACUGCUGCAAUUUACGGUAAUGAGGAGGUUAUCGGUAGAGCUAUCAAGGACUCUGGUAUUCCAAGAGAGGAACUGUUUAUCACCACCAAGCUAUGGUUCCCUGGCUACAGGAACCCUAAGGAAGCUUUGACCAAGUCUUUGGAGCGUUUGGGUUUGGACUAUGUUGACCUUUACUUGAUCCACUGGCCUGCUACCUUCAAGGAGGGUCAAGACCCAAUCCACGGGAACGCUGAGGCUGACCCCAGCUGGACCCAUGUGCACACCUGGAGAAUGGUCCAGAAAUUGCCUGAGACCGGCCUAACAAAGGCUGUUGGUGUUUCCAACUUCACUAUCAACAACUUGAAGGACAUUUUGAAUGACCCCGAGAACAAGGUGAUCCCAGCUGCUAACCAAGUUGAGAUCCACCCAUACUUGCCUCAAGAGGAUUUGUUCGACUUCUGUAAGGAGAAGGGUAUUGUCAUUGAGGCCUACUCUCCUUUGGGAUCCACCGGUUCCCCAGCCGCCAAGGAGCCAGUUAUUGUUGAGCUUGCCGAGAAGUACGGCGUUGCUCCAGCUCAGGUUUUGAUCUCCUGGGUUAUCUCUAGAGGUAUGGUUGUGUUGCCAAAGUCCCAAAAGGAAGAGAGAGUCAUUGCCAACUUCAAGGUGUUCCAGUUGGAAAAGAGCGACAUUGAGAGAAUUAACGAAGUCCAUAAGAAGAGCGGUACUAAGAGAUUUGUUGACCCUCCAUUCUCUCUAGGCUGGAAAUGA